GGGGUAAAACAGCGAUUCUCUUCGCAGCAAGCUUACCUGCAGCUUGGCCGAUUAUUUCAUCAUUCAGGUUUCAAGACCCAUUCAAUUGCCUGGAAUGGGUGUCGUGCCUUUUAUCUCUAUAUAUACUCCGCACCCCUCGUACCUACAUUCCCGACAAGCUCUCGAGCUCCAGGGGUCUUCUCCGCAUUCCGGAAGAAUAAAUUACCUGGGUGCAGCUCGAUGGACGCCAUCACCAAUCCUGUCAUCCUGAUUCUGGAACCCCUGAUCGUAAUAAAGCACCAGUUGGCCGUCGGUCUGCCUCGUCGAUCCCGACCCUGCCCGCCCCGCUUCCUGCGCGCUCCGAGCUCUUCCUCCUGGCCGAGCACGCCCUCGUGCUAUUCAUUUUCCGCCAACCUCGGGAUCUCGGGCCAUUUCACGACGACUGUCUCGAUCUGGACUCUCAAUUGGAAGAAUAGAUGA